AUGAAAUCCUCCAUAAAAAACAAUCCUAUAACAGGGAAUUCUGUAAGUAAACUAUAAAAUAGAGGUAAAAGAACAUUCACAGCACAUGAUCAUAUUCAAAGUUCAUGCAUAGUGAAAAGCAUACCAUUAAAUAAAACUCCUAACAGACAUAAAAUCCCAGAUCAUUCAAAUGAGCAUUUCUAUCCAUAAGAUAAUUCAUUUUAGAAAAGAGAUUUAAGAAAGAGUCUAAGCACAUUUUAACCGAAAGAAACUAUUAAAGAUCCUCUUAGUAGAAAAAUAUCAGAUAUUUAUGGAUAAGAAAUAAAAGUGACGCGUUCACCUAUGAAAUAAUAAUAAUAACAAUCAGAAACAGUUUCACCUUAGAAAAGAAGAAUAAUGGAUAAUAGGAGCUCGCAUGUUGAUUAAAAUGAUAUUUAUGAAGCCAAUCUCAAUCAAAAUAAAGAAAAAACUCUUCCAUCAGAUGUUAAUUGGUUUCAUAUUGAUACAAUUAAACAUAGACUUGAUUAUAAAAUUGAAUAACCAAAUCCUAUUCGUUCUUCCUAAAAGGAUUAGAGAAGUGUUUUAGAUCAAACUAAUAAAAAUGUUUCAUAAAAUAAUUAUUAUUAAAAGUAGAAUGAAAAGCUCUCUAAAAAAUAAGAAGUUGCCCUUCAAUAUACUUAUUUAAGAGCAGUUAAAAAAUCAGAAUUAGUGAUGAAAAAAAAAUGA